UAUGCACCUAAAAGGAAUAUAGAUGGCGUCAACCUAAUCAGGUACAAAAUGCCUGAACUACAAAUCAACAAAGGAGGAGAAUUGGACCUGAAUAGAUCACUUCAUUACAUCGAGAAAGAUGUGAUGCCAUUUAUGAGGCAAGUAGAUGAGAUGGACUUUACACUUUGCGAGGUUCUUUUAAGUAGCAGCAACCUUUUGGACAGGCUAAGAGACGGAAAGUUUGAUCUGUUAUUCUUUGACUUUGGCAACGUUGGCUCAGGUCCAAUUAUAAAUGAAUACCUUGGCAUUCCAUCCAUUUCGUAUUCUAAUUAUGGGUUUAUGGAAACUUGGACUAUAUUCAAACAAUCGACGUUUUAUUCUUUUACGCCAGGUGUUUUCAGCCCCUUUUCAGAUAAUAUGACAUUUUGGGAAAGAGUGCAAAAUACAGACAUGCUUCUGGAUAUGGAAAAAUGGGCCGGCGGUAGAAUAGAUCAUAUUGAAAAAAUGAAGGCCAAGUACCUUCCAAACAACAACUGGCCACAUGCUAAGCACUCAUAUGAACGAGUGUCUCUAAUGAUUGCCGCCAACGUGAAUUUUGCGUUUGACUACCCGAGACCUGUCAUGCCGCACGUGAUACCAAUUUCUGGACUUCUUUGGACACCGCCUAAGCCGUUAUCAAAAAACUUUGAGAAUAUUGUAUCUGCUGCCACUAAUGGAGUUAUUGUUAUGAGUUUUGGCACAGUUGUGCCGACGUUCAGUAUUGAAAAGGCAGAGAUUUUUGCCAAAGUGUUUUCCAAACUCUCACAGACUGUUAUCUGGCGUUACCAAGGUGUUCCUCCUAAGUCUCUGGGAAGUAACACACACCUGGUAGAAUGGCUGCCACAGAAUGAUCUUCUUGCCCAUCCUAACACCAAACUGUUCAUCACCCACUGUGGAGUAAGCAGCACUUGGGAGACGCUGUACCAUGCAGUUCCCGUGGUUGCAAUUCCACUUCUUUGGGAUCAACAUGUCCACGCAAGGAAAUUGAAGGGGCGCGCAAAAAUGGGUGAAAUUAUACACUUUGGCACCCUGAACGAACAAAUUUAGAAAGCGCUAUUCUCAAGGUCCUAAGUGAUAAAUCGU